UUCGCUUACCUUGAUUGAAAACCGCACUUCUUUUUGUCCAAAAAGUGCAGACUUGACGAGUCACCUGCUGCCUCAGCAAUCCGACUACCGGCGAGUGCUCCAAAGCCACUGGCCAGUUGGCAUUUGUCUGCAAAUCAGUCGCCACCAUGAACCGCAUUUUGGCGUGGAGUUUGCUAUUGAGCUGUGUGGUGUCUCUCGGCUCCUGCUGCUUCAAGAUGGACAAGAAGGACGACUACGGAUAUGGGGGUGGCUACGGUGGUAAAGGCCAUGGAGGCGGCUACGGAGGCGGUUAUGGAGGCGGCUAUUCUGCCCCCAUCGUCUACAUGCUGCCUGUGAUCCACGACUACGGCAGCGGCUACGGAGGCCACGGAGGAUACGGCGGAGGCGGCUAUGGAGGCCACGGCGGAUAUGGCAUGGGUGGAUACGGAGGUGGCUACGGCGGACACGGAGGAUAUGGAGGCGGCUACCUGGGUGGCUACCACGGCGGCUACGGACGCGCCGCCGAACCUGAUGCUGAGCCCCAUCACAAGGUGAUCCACGUGUCCCAACAGGCGCCACCUCCAAUUCACGUCAUGCACAGCCCCGCUCACCCAGCCAUUCACCCUCACCACCACGUGGAAACCUACUACAAGGGCAAGGCGGCCGAAGCCGAGGCCAUGGACAUGAUGGACUCGAUGGCACCCAUGAUGAUGGACCAUUAACAAUAAAAGUUCUAUCUCCAAAUUUUCAGUUUGCGGAGUAGUUUCUGAAUAAAAUAUUUUUUUACUUAGUUUAAUAAAAAUAAAUGACGUUUUCUUAAUAAAAAAAACAACUUUUUUUUU